GUAUGCGUCCUAGAUUCUUUCUGGACCCGUUUGCACGCCGUCCUUUCCCGGCGGGCUCUGCGCGGCUGCUUCCGGAAGUGGUCUUUGCCUUUUUGGAAGCGAGACGUUUGUUCUGACUUUGUGGGAGCUGGGACCCCGAAGGGUAGCGGGGAUGGCCGACAGUCAGGACAUGUUCGACGCCAUCGUGAUGGCGGAUGAGAGGUUCCAUGGGGAAGGGUACCAGGAAGGCUAUGAAGAAGGCAGUAGUUUGGGUAUGAUUGAAGGAAGACAAUAUGGUACCUUACAUGGAGCCAAAAUUGGAUCUGAGAUCGGGUGCUAUCAAGGUUUUGCUCUCGUGUGGAAGUGCCUCCUACGCAGUUGUGCCAGUGAGAAAGACAGCAGGAAGAUGAAGGUCUUGGAAUCAUUGAUUGGAAUGAUUCAGAAGUUCCCCUAUGAUGACCCUACUUACAAUAAACUCCAUGAAGAUUUGGACAAAAUUAGAGGGAAAUUUAAACAGGCGACUUUCCCAGGUAUGGAUCAUAGUGAUGGCAAGCUGACUGACCAACUGAGCAAGGACGGUACCUCAAGUCGUGAGCUCACAUUCCUGCAGGUGAUUCCCGUCGUACAGUUGUAGAAACUGAAGCUCAGGGAGGCCAAGCUGCAUAGCCUGGAUGUUACAGAGCUGAGGUCCAAGCUUAAUGUCUUUUGCUGGGAAAUAUUUGAUUAAUGUAUGCAUAUAUGGGUAUGUGAUCUUCCUUUUUAAACAGGUGGUCACCCUCAGACAUCCACUGCUGGCUGGGUGGCUGUCCUACUCCAAGCCAGGGGGCCGAGACAGCACUGACCACAGGGCUUGUGGCUUGAAGCCUAGGACACAGGGUCACUUGGCAAAACCAGGCCUAGAUGUACACCAGCCCUUGGGGGGAAAUGGUCACGUGGAGGGUAUGGGUCCUCCCAGGCCUGAUGCAUACGUCCCAGGGCAGGAGUGCUUAGCUCUUGACCUCAGGCCUGGCAGGGUUACACACCAGCUGUAUGAUUUCAGGUCUAUUACUACACUACCCUGAGCCUCAGUUUACCCACCUCCCCUAAUCCCAAACUCAAAUCUGCUGCCUAUUUUUGUAAAUCAAGAUUUACUGGCACACAGUACAUUCGUUUGUUUACCAAGAUGCCUGGCUGUUAUGGUACAAGGCUUGGCAGAGUUGACCAGUGCAAUGGACGGUAUGGCCACAAAACCUCACAUCUCUGUCUGGCUUUUAACAGUCUGAUAACCUUGGGGUCCCUGUACUCACCUUAUACCUGGAGGGUAGGGCCAGAUCUGUAACUCUCACAGCGUGUCUGGCUGUCCCCUCCACUUCCCCAGCACUCAAGGUUGUUUUGGGAGCCAGGGAGAAACUGCUUAGUUUUCAGCUGGACAGUGGUACACAGUGCAUGCUGUGACCUCUGGUCUGGGAUCACAAGGGGAGGACAUGCCCAGACAAUCAACCUGGAAGGCCUGGGUCUGGAACCGGGGUGAUCUGGAGGUCCCCCAUCCCCCGCAGGCUCUACAGUGGUGGCAGUGGACAGGCUGUCUCCAUUGCUGCUAGGUAAAAAUCAAAAGGAUUAAUGGAUGCCGCAGCCGUGGAUAGGCCCAGAGCCCACCGCAGCCCUUUUUGCAGAUCCUCCACAUUCUUUCUUCCCUGUCCUCCCCAUGUGCCCUGGGAGUGGUGGUGACAAUGCCCCCGGAUGUGGGCCCCAAGGCCAGCAGCCCUGGACCUGCCCGCCCACCCGUCCACAGGCUAUUGUCUGCUCUAGGCCUGCGGUGUGUGGCGCUGGGCUGGUGGGGCCCUGGCAGGCAGGGGACUGUGGGAACGGAUUAGAGGUCCUGGGCUUUCUUUCCCUCUCUGCAUAAACUCUUGAUCAAAGGCAUUCCUGGGAUGACAGAGCUCUGUGAGAGGCAGGCCAGGGGUAGGUCCAUCAUGCAGUCCAGCAUGCUGGGAAGGAUGCACACCCCACCCCACACUGCCAUUGCCACCGCUGCCCUCCCACAGGGCCAGUUCCUGGCACCAGUCUCUUGAGGACCCGUGGCAGUGCAGUGGCAAAAGGCAGAAACUGCCAUGUCCUGUGUCCUGUAGAACACAGAGGCCAAGCCCAGAGGCUGUGGGGCCUGGGCUCUGGUUCUGCCUCCUGCGUGGAGGGUCAUAGUGCAGGUGGGUGGUCUGUGGCAGUACAGAGGCCCCUUCCUCUGGAAGCCUACAGGCCCUGCCAUUUUUCCUCCCAGAAUUGAGGGCACACGUCCACCCAGCCUGGCCAGCCUUGCACCCCACUUCUCAUCGCAGCAGCUGGGGUUGCCCCCGGGUCCCUUGGAGACCCCCGCCCUCCCACUGUUGAGUCAACUGACGGUGCCUGAGACUCUGCAUGGGGCUGGCCUGGGGACCCUAUCGCCUUCGACUCAGCUGCAGGGUGCAGAAGAGGUCUGAGGGGUCCCCAAGACUUCUAUCUUCCCUCAAGGGAAGAGCAGGAAGAUGCCAGGCCACCUGUGGAGGCGUAGGGGUACAAAGUCAUCACGGAAGCUGUUUUUCUGCCUGUGAGGGGUAAUAAGAAAGGAAGGCCAGGUUGGGACCAGGCGACAAGACAGAGCCUGAAGCAGCCUGUGUGUCACCAGCCUGGGCAGAACCGAGGUUCAGGGGGUUGAAAGCAAAGGGAUGGGCUGAGGGAGCGGGCCCAGCAGGUGUGGACAGAGGGCUAGAGGCUGGUCAGGGGGGCAGGCAGGGGCCCCACUGAGCACGUGGGACACGAGGGAGCUUCUGGGAAAGAGCAGUGGGGUGUGGACUGCUCAAAGGCUUGGUCCCUGGAGCUCCUCAGUUUUCACUGUCAUCCUGUCAACAGAACAGCCAGACAGCCCCCAAAGGGAGCCGCCAUCAUGACCUCCAGGGUCAGGGCUCCUGAGAUGUUUUCUGAGUUUGAGGGGCCAUAACCCAGGUCUCGCUAGCCAGCCAAGGAGAGCACUGGAGGCCGAUCAUCAACAGGGCUCAGCUGCCAAUGUGGAGUGCAGGGGGGCAGAUGCACUCUGAACCUUUCUGUGGGAAUGGAGGUGAAGCUCAUACCAUCCAUCCCUCCAGGCUUCUGCCUGCCUCCCCUUCUGUGGCUGGACCCCAAGGUUGUCUGCCCAGUCACCCUGGCCUUCCUCUCCUGGUCCAUGCAUUGCUCCUCCCAACGCUGUCACACCUAUCAGCCUACAAACAUCUCCCUCCUCAAAACAAUGAACAAGCCCCAUACCCCACGCAUGAGUUCUGCCCACUUGCUCCUCCCCCACACAGCAAAAUGAUCCUGCUGCUCUGUCACCACCCCACUGCCACCCUGCCAUUACAUUGCCAUUCCACCUGGCCCGAAACAGAGGCCCCAUGCCCCACGCCCUCCUUGCAAUCAUCUUGUGGGCUGAGGUUGGGGGUGUGGAUUCCCGGGUCCCCAGCCAACAAAGACCGGCUCUUGCAUGGAGCUGGGCAACUGAGGUGUGCAUGGAUGGACCGAGUCCUUAGUUACUUGACUAAGGAGCAGGCUGGGCCCUUGGAAACUACCUGAGUGGCCACUGGCUGCCUCCUCAGGUUCAGGGUCCCAGGAGCUCUUGCUAUGAGACUACCUGUCAGCUUUUUGCAGCUCCCUGCAGGCUUCCAGACCCAGAGACACAGCAGUGACCAUGGAGGCCCAGUGUGCCCCUUUCCCUUCCUCCCAGAGUGCAGGUGCCUGUGGAGAACCAACUUGGCCAAGCACAGGCCCCUAGGAUCGCCCUGCAGAAGAGCACAGGCACACAGGUGCUGCAUAAAGGCCUUGGUGGCCGACACAGUGGCAAUCCUCUGUUCUUGGCUUAAAAACUAGGCAGCUGCCUUAGGUGAGGACAACUGGCCUGAAGCCCUGCAGGUGAGGGCCGCAGAGUCCAGGAAGGCCCACGCACCCAGGGACCUGUACAAAAGACUGCCCAGGACCACAGCCCCAAAGCUGCGCUUUGCUCUGCGAUCUUGGCUGUGCUUAAGGCCUAUGAUUCACCCAGAGCAAACAGCAGUGUGCGCCAGAAGAGGGGGAACAAAUGCUGGCUUUAUUUAUUUUUCUAUCUACAAAUAACCGGGAGGGCAAAUGGGCCACACGAGGGCCGGGAGAUGCUUCUGAUCAAGGGACACCGCUCCCGUCCCCUGACGCCAGAAGCUGUUUACGCAUCAGAGGUGCCACCUGCCAAUUCUCUUGAACCCUCCUCCCCCAGGAUCAUCUGGCAAUGUCAGGAAACACUCUUGGUUGUCACCCGGGGGUGCUGUCCUCUAGUGGCUGUCAGGAUGACCCAGCCCCCUAGGACAGCCCUGUACACCCAGUGAACCCGGCCUGGCCCGCCCUGCCAGAUCCGGGCCUCUCCCCAGCCUCCUGCCAGCCCAGAAAACCCAGGCAAGGACCACACUGGGGCUUUUACCAAUUUUAUUUCUAGACUUUUUCACGUUUGUCUUUUGUUUUCUGCUGGAAACGUGCCGGUUACAUGUCUGUGCUGGGAAGCGCCGCGGUGUGUCAACCAAAGCACAGACCCAAACUGCCCGUCGACCAGAGACCCUCACAGACUUUCGCAUCACAGGACAGACUCUGCUGUGCUCCGUGGACCUGCCACUAGCCUUUGGCCUUUUGGCACACACAGUAUUGAAGACAUCUGCCCUCACGCACCACCGUGGACACACCGUCCCUCAAGGACCCUGCUUGGUUCAGACAUAGAGACGUCGCAGCCAGGAUGGUUGAGGUAAAGCAGAAGCAGUGAUCCGGAGGGGCGGAGGGAUGGCCCUGCACCUGCCAAUGGCCUCCGGCACAGACCCACCCCUCGGGGGCACAAAUCCUUUUGGUUCGGCAGCUUGCUAGGGGGCUCUUGGGCACACAGCAUUGUGAGCUGGCUCCACUGAGAUUUGGAGUCUCUUUUAAAUUAGCAUCAUGCCAUAAUUAACAAAACAACAACAGACAGAACACUAGUACAAUAACAACAGAUUAACACACCCAAAACUUGAACAAAUUCCAGAAGCAAUUUCAAUCAUCCCGAAUGACAAGAGUCCUACGGGCCCAGCACCACAGUGGCACGUAAGACAGACUGGUUAUAAUAACAAUAACAAUAACAAUAACAAUAAUAAUAAUAAUAAUGAUGCAAUGUUCAUAACUACACAUACAGAAUGAUACAGCUGUCAAAACUACUACGAUGGUACAUCCCAGAUAGGUGAACAGCCUCACACGACAGGCGCCAAGGAAAGACCCCCGUGAGAGUCUCGUGGACCAGGCCAUGGCCGGUUCCCACCAGGCCCAAUCUUGGUAUCUUGUCCGUGUGUCUGUCCACCGAGGCAGACAGAGCCCAACCAUCGGGUCUGCACAUGGAUGGCUAAGUGAAGCAUGAGGUAUUGUGAACAGGGACCUUUUUGGAAUAGAGCAGUAAUCACAUUAAGUCAAAACUGAUCACAUAAAAAAAAAAAAAACUACAAAACAAGGGAAUCUGGAAUACAAUUUUCUACGAGGAAAUUAAAACAGGAACAUGGCAGUAUAUGACAUUGUAAAACAACAAAAAGUCUGAUCCUCCAAUAGCAGCAAAACAAUGUGAAAGAGAUACAGAGAAGCGAUGUGUUUGUUUCUGAACCGUGCCGGGAAGUCAUCGGUAGCAGCGCAUUAAGAAACGGAGCUGCAGCCUCUCCCUCACGCGGUCACUGCCCCGUCCCCUCUUCCCGUCCACACUUCCUCCCUCCCGUCCUCUCUCCAGCCUCAGCCUCACGCUCUCGCCACCUCCCUUCAACAAUUCCUAAAUAAAAAGCUACAGAGCCAAGAUGUGCAAAUUGUCUACCUGUUACUAACUUUUUUUUUUAAAGGAUCGGGCAGGGGAUAAGAGUGCAUUGGAAUUGAACUCAUUCAAGUACCCUAACUUUCCUGGAUGAUUCGCAGAUCAGACCACUUUGGAAAAUGCCAAGUAGGCCGAAUCUGUGUCUUGCGUGGUUUAUCUUGAGAUUUUCCCCCUUGCCUACAAAGGGACCAAUCUUCCGUAAACUGUAUUAAGCCUGUGACACCAAAGGCAGAAAUGUUUGUGUGUUUAAAUCAAGGGGAGAUUGCAUUACUUUAUAAAUCAUACUGGCCUCAUGAGCACCCUCUGCAAUAAAUACUUUUUAGCCUUAACUAUAAAUUAUAUAUUUUAGUGUUUAAAAACCUUCCAUCAUGAAACAUCUAAAAGUAACCCUUAAACUACUUGCUCUCUAGGUAAACCUUUGAGGUCCCUAAUUUCAAACACCAGCUGGCACCAAAGGAUUCCUAUGAACUUCAAUUUCUCUACAGGACAGGAACUUCUCUAUCAUCCUGGCAAUGUUGAGAAUGUGGAUCUGUUUCUUCUUGACUGGAACAAAACCUUCAGAAAACAUCCCCCUCUCGCUAACCCCGCAGUGACAUGCACUUGCUUAGCAAUCCUGUUUGCAUACAAGUACGUGAAUAUUCCUGGACCAUUCCAUUAAAAAAUCAACCCCCCCUCCCCACAUGCACAACAUCAACAGCGAUAUUGCCUCUAACUACUGGACCCAAAGUGCUCUGAAAUGGAAUGGUUUCAGAAUACGGAGAAGAAAAACCAAAACGACAACAACAGAAAAGAGAAAAGUAGCUGUGAAUGUAACCUGGUUGUGAGCAGGCUGCAGGGCACUGGGUGAAAAAAACCAGCAUCUCAUAAACAGGUAACUACAAAAAUAGGAAGAUUAUAAAAAUAGAAUAUAUUAUGUCACUAUUUCGUUUUCUCUCUACAGUAGCAUGUCGCAGGAAGGGGACAGCUGGCUUUUCCCACUACCUUGAGACUGGCUGGUACCUGGCACACCUGGCCUCUGAUGAGCACAAAAGGAUGCCACAGUCUGCUACGCUGACCGAGAGAUUGCAUGAACCAUCCUUAAGGUGAAGAGGUUAUAUAUCUACCUAGCUACAAGAUAAAUGAACAUACAUGUGACUUAUCAAGUGACUACACAGCCCAACAAGCAGGGACAGGAACGCCCAGAACCACACUGAGAUGCGCAUCCUGGGAGUGCACAAGAAUACAUGUUUCUAACUAAAACCCUCUUCUACUUUAAAAAUGGUUUGUUGGGAUUUUUCUCUUUUAAAAUGUUUUUAUGCCUUUUUUUUUUUUUUUCAAACACAUGAGGAAUCAAAUCUAGUCCUCCCUGGAGACUUCUUGUGUGUUAAUAUCUAUUUCUUAC